AUUGGUAUGAAUUUAAUUAUCCAAUUGAUUUUUAGACUUACUACUAGGAUACAAACGUUCUUUCAGUUCGCAGUGCCUAUUUGGUCUGCUACAACCUACAAACAUUUAUUUAGCUUCUUAGCCAUACACACAUGCACUCAUGUGUCUGUAUGAGUGUGUAUACUUGUAAUGCUACGAUUUUUUGCUCGCUUCUGCAUACGUCGUUGUUGAGAGGAGAAAAGUCAUUUAACGACAGUUUUACUGUUUAUAUUACCGUUCGCCUCAAAUCGUUGGUUCAAGUUAUUGGAAACGCAUUAGCAAUUGAAUUGAAGUAAAAGCCCCAAUAGUAAUUGUAAAUAAAUAAGAUUACCCCUAAAAGAACCAAACACACACACCACACACACAUAUAUAUAUAUAUAUAUGUAUGUAACUACAUUUAUUUACACACAUAUUUCUCACUCACAACUUGGAUAAAGUAAAAAAUAAAAUAGAAUAAAUAAAAUAUAAAACAGCAGCAGAACAGACCACAAUAAAAACAAGUGUAGCAUAAAUUUACAUAUAUACAUACAUACAAUAAAAGUUUAGAGUUUUAGUGCAAAACAAACAAAAAGAAAAUGUGAAUCACUUACGGAAAUGUGAAGUAAAUGUAAUAGUAAAAGAAGAAAAUUAAAAAAAUUAAAACUAAUUUAAAAAGAGGUUAAAUUUUGUGACUAUAGACGAUUUUAAUAGCGAAGAGAUGGGAAAUUACAAUCUCAUUGAUUCAUAUAAAGGGGCAUGUGGAGUUCUUAUCGGCCAUCCUUUAGACACUGUGAAAACAUGGCAACAAGCUUCAAACUCAUCGGUGCCACGCGCUGUGAGUCAAAUCUACAACCGAAAUAAUGGGUUAAAUGGCUUUUACAGAGGAAUGCUAUUUCCGUUUGUAACAACGGGUGCCAUUAAUUCAAUUCUUUUUGGCAUCUACGGCAAUCAUCUAAGACAACUGCGAAGAGUCUGUCACAGUGAUUAUCAACGUGAGCAGUUGGAGUAUCAGAACAUGUUCAUUGCUGGAUCCAUAGCUGGUUUUGUGCAAUCUUUCAUCGCAUGCCCCAUUGAGCUGAUUAAGGUGCGACUUCAGACUCAUUGCUAUUACAAUGAAUAUAUUUUUGGGCAACGGCGCACUCCUUGGGGUGUUUUCAAAAAAGUUAUAAAAGUAGAUGGAGUAUCUGGAUUAUAUAGAGGUUUACUACCUAUGAUGUGUCGCGAUGUGUUUCCCUAUGGUAUUUAUAUGAUGGUGUAUCGUCAAACGGUUGACUUCUUGGAAAAAACACCCUUAGUGCAGAAACGUCGACACGAACGACUUAAUAAAAAUGAAAAUUCGAAUGUCGACUUUCUGGUAACCACAUUGGCAGGAGCUUGGGCCGGCAUUCUUUCCUGGGUGUGUGUUAUACCUUUCGAUGUUGUGAAGACUAUCAUGCAAGCAGAGAGUAAGAAACAAUAUCGCAAUAUAAAACAUUGCUUGGUGAAAAAUUUUAAACUCUAUGGUUGGCGCCGUUUGUUCCGCGGCAGUUGGAUGCUGGUGGUGCGGGCAAUGCCAGUUAAUGCAGCUACAUUUUUGGGAUACGAAUAUGCCUUGGAAUGGUUUCACAAGCUAAACGACUCAUAUAUAUGAGGUUAAAGCCAUUUUAUAAACAUUUUUUUACUGUUGGGAGCAAAACAAAAACAAACAAAAAAAAUCGGAAAAAGUAAACAAAAAUGUGAAAUGUGAAAUUAGAAAAAGCUAAUUUGUAUAUUAAAUAUUUUAUAUUGAGAGUAUGCGAAAUUCCUAAUUUAAUUUUUAUUUUUAGUAGUACUCAUGACCUCAAAUAUUGAAGAAUUGUAAUACAAUUUGUGAUUACAAACUA